AUGACUCCCCAGAAGAUAGGCUGGGAGCCUCCUGGAGAGAGGUCCGCUGGAAUACUAAGAGACCACGACACUCGAGAUAAUGGCCGAGCGGCGCCACACCUGCCCUACCUGUCUGCCUGUCACCGCUGGCUCUACAGGUGUCUUUCGCAGGUAGUCUUCUCGAGGAUUACCCAUGGGAGGGUACGGGGGUCCCGCAAGGGAUCAUCCUCAGCCCACUUCUGCUUUACAUAA